AUGGAUCCGGCGCGCCGCUCCCGCCUCCCUACCCACCUCCUGCUGGUGGCCGUGACGUUACUCGCGGCCCUGGCCGCGCGAUCCGGCGCCGAGGUCAUCACCCUCACCGAAGAGACCUUCUCCGACAAGAUAAAGGAGAAGGACACAGUGUGGUUUGUGCAAUUCUGCGUCCCUUGGUGUAAGCACUGCAAGAGCCUAGGAACUCUUUGGGAGGACCUUGGGAAGGUUAUUGAAGGUACGGAUGAAAUUGAGAUCGGAAAAGUUGAUUGCGGUGCAAGCAAACCAGUCUGCUCAAAGGUGGACAUUCAUUCAUACCCAACAUUCAAGGUGUUCUAUGAUGGCGAAGAAGUUGCAAAAUAUAAAGGGCCUAGGGACGUGGAGGCUCUCAAGACCUUUGUGUUGAAGGAAGCUGAGAAAGCAGGAGAGAGGGGUACUAUACAUCAGCUUUUCAAAACUUUGUCACCAAGGUGA